GUUAACGCUGACUGUGCUGUUAUGCGCACUUCCGAAUUAAUUCAAUCCGUCACGUAAAUAAACAACUUAUAAUGGGAAAUCACAAGGUUCUGAGAACCGCAGGAUGCAAUCUUCGAUACUCCAUGUACGAGUUCAUCGAGGCGGUUCACAAACAUUCCAUAAUCUGGGAGCGACGACACCCGAACUUCCACAACCGGGAACUCAGGGAUCUAGCCUGGCAGCAAAUCGGCCAGGAGCUGUGCAAUAAUUUCGAGGGGGCCAGCGAGCCAGAAAAGCAAGAAAUUGUUAGAACCCUGCUGAAACGAUGGAAAAACACACGGGAUAGCUACUUGCGUGUAAACCGACUCCGUCAAAGUGGUGAAGAAGUGGCCAGAGCUUCAUACAUCUACGAGAAAGAGCUUAGCUUUCUGUUGGGCGUUAAAGCAGAGACUGAUGACGACGACGAACCUCUGAAGGAGGAGCCCAAAGUCAGCCCUGUCAAGCGAAGACGCCUAGCAGCAAGUCAAAGAGCACCCCUAAAGCGGCGAUGUUCUUCUGGGCAGGAAUCCGACCAAGAGCCUUCCCCGCAGCCCGAAAACAUGGAAUUGCUCUUGGAAGACAUACCGCCUAUCACCGCUGAAAACGGGACGCCACAGAGCGACCCUAAUGUCAAUAUACACGCCACUCCCGCCUACGCAUCCACUUCCACUGCCUCCUCUGAUCCCGAUCAGGCCUUCUUUGACAGCAUCAAGCCUCACAUGCAGAGGAUGUGUGCCGACCGCAAGCUCGACUUCCAAAUCGAAGUGCUCAAGAUACUUCGUAACUUUAAGCCCAAUUAAACAUAGAUUUUAAAAA